GCGCUUUUGGUUCCAUUGCUCAUAACGUCUAAUUUACUUCGUUAGUCAUACCAUUCUCAUGACCUCCCUUUCGACGAAUCGUUUUCAGUUACUUGAGCUUUAUUCAAUGAGAUGGACAUCCAAAGCCUCGCGCUGUUUUCAGAAAUUGAACGGAAUAUUGAUGAAAUAGAAGCCUCUGUCGAACAGAUGCGAAAGAAGCACAACAAGAUAUUAUGUUCCCCUUUCCAUGAUGAAGAUGAUUAUCGAGAUCUGGACAAAAUAAUGGCCAAGAUUCAGAAUUAUUCUGCCCGCACAUGGACUUUACUGAAAGGUGCGAAAGAAAGUCGGCAAAAAGAAGACGUGAGGAAAAGCACUAUACGAAUGCAAAAUGUCCAGGUAUUCAAUGUAUUUUUUUAUCUUCCUAUUAAAAAAAGGCUCGACUUCACAUAA